GACAGUCCGUUAAAGCUGUUGUUAGUUGUCUCCUUAUGUGACGGCUGCAGCUUAUUUCAAACAAAUGUCUCAGCCGUCCUUUAAUUUCCAGUCAAAGCAUAGCUAGCCAACAGCUAAUUUAGCCAAGCUAGCUAGUAAUGUCAGUUAAGGAAGUGAAGGAAAUGGUAACUUCAGUCAACACUCCAGCUAACGACUUCGCUUUAAACGAAAGGAUAUUUACUGGCAAAGACUGAUAUUACAAUCGACCUUGAAUGCUGUAGAUUUCAGGAUGGACUCCAGUGGGAAGCCCUCAACGACACAGAUUGUGGUUUUAGCCACAAGCUCGGCUCUGACCGCGUUCUUCUAUUCCAUUUACAGAAGCAGAGCUACAAUAGUUGCCAGAUUAAAGGAAGCAAAGAAAGUCUCCCUUGACCAAGAUUUGAAAACCAUCCUGUCUGAAACUCCUGGAAGAUGUAUCCCAUACGCCGUCAUAGAAGGUGUGGUGAGAUCUGUGAAGGAAACACUGAACAGCCAGUUUGUCGACAACUGCAAAGGUGUCAUUGAGAGGCUGACGCUGAAGGAGGAGAAGAUGGUGUGGAACCGCACCACUCACAUAUGGAACAGCACAGAGAAAAUCAUCCAUCAGCGCAUUAACACGGUUCCCUUUGCCCUCGGGUCACAUGAUGACGAUAUCGCUGCCACAGUCCGAGUUAUACGCCCGUUAGAUGCAGCAGAGUUGGAUCUGGAGACCACCUACGAGAACUUCCACCCCACAGUCCAAUCCUUGUCCAGUGUUAUUGGUCACUUCAUCAGCGGGGAGCGACCAAAAGGCAUCCACGAAACCGAGGAGAUGCUGCGUGUGGGUGACAGCAUCACAGGAGUCGGAGAGCUGGUCCUGGAUAACAACCUGAUCAAGCUCCAACCACCCAAACAGGGCUUCUGUUAUUUCCUCACUCGGCUGGACUACGAGUCUCUCCUGCGGAAGCAGGGGAACAGCGUUAGACUCUGGAAGAUUCUGGCGAUUGUGUUCGGCAUGGCUGCCUGCUCCACGCUCCUCUACAUCCUGUGGAAGCAAUACAUCCAUCGCAGACAGAGCAAGAAGGAGAAGAGCAUACUUGAGGAGUUCAAGGAACAACAGAGGAAGCGUUUGCGUGAACUUAACAUAGAGGAAAGCAGCAUAUCCCCCACCACCUGCACUGUCUGCCUGAGCCGGGAUCGCUCCUGCGUGUUUCUAGAGUGUGGUCAUGUGUGUACCUGCAGCCAGUGCUACGAGGCCCUGCCAGAGCCAAAGAAAUGCCCCAUUUGCAGGGCAUCUAUAGACAGGGUGGUGCCUCUUUACAACAGCUAAUGUGCAACAGUCCUGUCAGCCUGUUGCAGCCAUUGUAUACCUUGAAGAUUAUCUUUCAAAAACUGCCUUUUCAGGCUCAAAACGGGCACUUGUUUCUGCUUUUCCUGCGACAAAUCUCUGUGCUGAAUAAUAGUGCAUUUACAGCUCCAAUCAAAUGUUCAAAUCAAAAUUGAAAACCGGAAUUCAUCUUGAUUGAGAAAAUGGAUUUCCCUCCUGUCGUGUUCAGAGAGAAAAUUAGGUCUUUGUGUGCUCACACUCUCACAGAUCUUGGCCCUGGUUCCUGAUAAUCUAACUAAGUCUCUGAAAGCAUUUUCUGAGGCUGAUAAAAAUGGAGUUUAUCAGUUAAAAAGCUUGAAUGUUGUAGAAACAUUUGUGAUUGUUCAGUGAGAAAACACAGCUUAAAGUGCAGUUGUCAACAGCUUUCUCUGCUUGUUGCCAAAUUACACCAACACCCUUAGGAAGUUAGUUAAGAUUAAGUCACAGCACUUCUAUAAAUAUAUCCAUUUGAGCACGUAUUAUCAACAUCUUCCUGUCAUUCGUGUAAGUAUGUGACACUCAACAUAACAAAAAAGUGUUAUAUUAGCCAGAAAAGUCAAAUUUAAAGUGUCAAUCACCAGUUACGGUUUGAUUCUGUUUCACGUUAUUACAUUAAUUUGCCACAAAGAGAAAAUGGGCGUCGUACAAAAUAUAGCUGCUUUCCAUCUGCAGUCUCUGAAAGAUCAUCACAGGGUUUAGAAAUUAGCAUAAGCAAUAAAAGCUGCAGUUAAACCUCCUCCCAGGCCCUUCUGCAGCCUUUCACAGCCAGAGCAGAAGGCACACUUCAAUGUUUGAGUAUCUCUAAGAAUGUUUGUAAGUUAUUUUGCAUUUGGGAAACUUAUUUUUUGUUAAUGGUGUGGAUAAUCCAAUAAGCUUAGCCUUAAGGUGCUUUUGGGAAACGGGCUCAUUUUGCUUAUCUUAAUUUGUUUUGUUUUCCUGCUAGCAUUUUUUUUAAGGGUAUGUGUUGUGGUCAUUUCUAGCUCUGUGUUUAUUCUUUGGCUUUAUUAAAGUAGCUUUACAUAA